AUGGCCCACGCCAUGAACAAAAAGAACAAAGGGAAGGAUUCACCACACCCUCAUGAUAAAGGCAAAUUCCGCUAUGGUGAUGUGUUAAGGCGUUCCGCUACUGCCAUGUGUGGUGUGAAAAGGGAAUCCGUGGGAAAUGCAGAAAAGAAAAUGGUGUACAAUAAGAACAUUUUGCCUCAUGGGUGUUUUUGGUUUGUUGGCACCCCACCGCCUGCCCCACCACUGCAAUGUGUGAAGUAUGUUUGGCUUUUCCCUGAAGAGAUGGAAGUGCAUAAGCUGUGCGCCGCGAUAAGACAACCCCAUUGCCAAAGGCGAGCCAUGGUUGGCAUCAGAGGUCCAAGCCACCUACCCCAAGAUGUUGGCAAAAAAAAAAAGUUGAGGAGGGUACGGCACCCCGAGUUCCAGCACUGUAAUUGA